AUGUCAAACUUGCGUCGCCAACAGUCAAUGGGUCAAACGCUUGCCACCGGCGAGUCCGCAGAACAAGGAUAUGAGUUGCCGGAGCUUGGCGAGGAUGUAUGGAUUGAGUAUGAGCCACCAAAACCCGAUAUUAAAGCUAUUUAUGCCUACUUGGAACUUCACAAGUCAUUCGAAUCGCACCCUGGUUACACUGUUUCCGAACUGCCCAAGUUCGACGACUUCACUACAUAUGGAAAUUUAACAGAGGAGGAAGAACUUGAUUUCUGUCGAAUCGAAGUCAAUAGACUGGUCUCUGCAGCGACCUCGCCGGGUGCUAUCGCCUUGGACGGGCCAAGAGAUCUCUUUGGCUUGUCGACUAAUCAGGGGUACCUACAACUACAUCAUCUUGGACGCAAGCUACGACAAGCCGUUACUAUCUGCCAGCAUGAUGCGGCCCUAAUCCAAGCGGAGCAUAUGGAUGGCGUUUUAGACCACAAGGGUUGUGCUCGUUUACAGGCCAGAUUGGUAGCCGAAUUUGACCCAAACUCGGGUAAAGAACGAUUUGCGGGAGCGCAAAACACAACAAACGAGAAUCAAAUGAGGAUCUAUCACGCUUUACUGAACUACAUGACGGGAAUCCUUGUCAAGAUUGUCUUGUGCAACAUUCGCGGCGAUUACUGGGUCAACAAUCUCAUUGCUGUCGUAGCUCGAAUCACUGCAAAACUCAAGAUUCUUGGUAAGGAUAUUCCGCGGAGCGUCGAGCUCACACUUCAAAGUGCAGCCGACACGAGGGUUCGUAUUUCACAACGCCAGCGACAAAUGGAACGGUUCACACUUCAAACUCCGAACCAAUUGGGUGAAGAUAUAGGGGAGGAGUCAUGCCGCGUGCCAAUGGCAGGCGAGGCUCUAAAGUACUUCAUCGACAUGGAGAGACUCCAUGAUUUGAUAACCGAGAUGUUGAUUGGGGCGCUCACCAGCUUUACCGUUGCCGAUCCGACAGCUACCAUAACCAACGACUUUGAAAGCAGCGUGGCCAUGUAUGCGUCACUUAUCACAGGAGAACAAGCCCUCAUCUAUCAAGGUCGCGAUGGUAGCAUUGGGGCUGCCAGCAAAGCCAGUAUCGCCCGAACUUUCACAGCAGGGUUCCGUGUUUGUCUCGAAGUAUGGGAAGAUAUUCAACCUGAGCCCGCGUCGUCAGCAAAAUAUUGGACAUCAAUCAAAUGGGACUGGUCUAUGGUCGAACUGCAGCAAAAAGACAAAUUCCCAACAAGGCAGGGCAAACUCAAGCUUUCAUCCAUGAGAGACAUCAUUAGAGCCACUGUCCCGUUCUUCAUGAUCUCAGGCCACGCAAUAUCCCAAAUUUCCGAAAUGAUAGACAUCAUGAUGUUCACCACAAGCCGACAUACAAGUGCGCCAUUGCGGCUGAUCAAGCAACCUCGGGCUACUUGCAAGCGUAUCCUGCAAACAAGUACCUACGUACACAACAGACUAAAGAGACGCGCGGGGGGUGACAAUUGCCCAUUGUCAGAAACAUACCUACUGCAGAGUAGAGCGGGCUCCGCUGCUUGCAAUCCGCGCCCCCUGACCGACACCGUUGACACACCUGGAAGGAAGAACAGAAACAGUUCAGAUCUUUCAGCUGACCCAGAAAAGACCAAACGUCUCAUGGCUGCGGCCAAAAAACAAUUGGACAAAUGGACCAUCAGCAACAAUGCUAUUGUUGUUCCGUACAAGCGUUACGCAUGGAGCUGGAUAGCCGUCUCAACUAUCCUCGUGUUUGGAGGCUUGGCAGUUGGCUUUUCCACUGGCAACAGAAUUCUGGGGUUUGACCCCUUUAAUAUCAGUAUAUUCUGUUGGGCUCUUGCUGGCUUUACACUGGUGGUGGCUAAGGCUGUCCGAGUUGAGAAUUGGCCUUGGAGCGCUUUUCUAAGAGGCUUAGUACAUUGUCGCUCUGUUACUGAGGUUAACGCAGUCACUGGAGUCGACGAUCAAAUACUUCUUGCGCUGCUGCUAGGGAUCGAUAGGAGGACUUAUCUAAAGACGACUGGCCCAUACAAUACCCUUUUUCUAAGAUGUGCGGAGGACGUCCCAGAGGGUUUCUCGGUUGACAUUCCAAUCCUGAGCACUACGGCGAUGGAAGGCGGCUUGAUCCCGAUCAAAAUACUAGGAGAGUUUGGCCCAGGCUUCGUCUUCAUCUACACGCAUUCAUGGGCACCAUACAACUCUGCUGGUCAUGCCACCCAAUAUAAAGGUCAUGAUAUGAGCCGCGAUAUGUCUUGGACUACGCGUAAAUUAGGAGAUAAAGACAUUCCAGGUUAUAGGUUAAAGACAAGGCCCAGAGACAACUACGUGUUUAUUUCAAAGGUACUCGGUGUAUUAGAUCAGGAUUGCUGUUUUUGCUAG